UUUCACUCGAAAUCUACUGUUGCAUUCCAAGCCCAGGCACAACACUGUCUUUCCUAUGCAAAGUCUACAGUUCAACCCGCAUUUAUACACACAGAAAGUCAGGGUCUUAGAAGUUAGAAGGAUUAUCUUGACGAAACGGUAGCGUUGUUCGUUCAUCAGUUGGGGAAUUGCUGGUGGUUUCGUUUGGUAAGAGUAUUUAAAGAAAUGGCCUCAACUGCAGUAAAGCAACCUCCAGAACCAUCACCACUGAGAAAGGCUAAAUUUUUCCAGGCAAACAUGAGGAUUUUGGUUACUGGUGGUGCCGGUUUCAUUGGUUCUCACCUGGUUGACAGGCUAAUGCAGAAUGAGAAGAAUGAGGUGAUUGUUGCAGACAACUAUUUUACAGGAUCGAAAGAUAACCUCAAGCAAUGGAUCGGGCAUCCAAGAUUUGAGCUCAUACGUCAUGAUGUCACCGAGCCAUUGAUGGUUGAAGUUGACCGGAUUUAUCAUCUUGCAUGUCCCGCUUCCCCAAUUUUCUACAAAUACAAUCCUGUGAAGACAAUUAAGACAAAUGUAAUUGGGACACUUAACAUGUUGGGACUUGCAAAGAGAGUUGGUGCAAGGAUUCUGCUCACUUCAACUUCUGAGGUUUAUGGGGAUCCUCUUGUGCAUCCUCAAGAUGAGAGCUAUUGGGGCAAUGUUAACCCAAUUGGAGUAAGGAGCUGCUAUGAUGAGGGAAAAAGAGUUGCUGAGACUUUGAUGUUUGAUUAUCACAGGCAACAUGGAAUAGAAAUCCGAAUUGCUAGAAUCUUCAACACUUAUGGGCCACGGAUGAAUAUUGAUGAUGGACGUGUUGUUAGUAAUUUCCUUGCUCAGGCAAUUCGAGACGAGCCUUUGACUGUCCAGUUGCCCGGAACACAAACUCGCAGCUUUUGCUAUGUUUCUGACAUGGUUGACGGGCUCAUUCGUCUUAUGGAGGGAGAACAUACCGGACCUAUUAACAUUGGGAAUCCAGGUUUUCUUCACUCGAUUAGGUGAAUUCACAAUGCUUGAACUGGCUGAUACUGUGAAAGAGAUGAUAAAUGAGGAGGUGAAGAUAAUAAAGGUGGAGAACACACCGGACGAUCCCCGGCAGAGGAAACCAGACAUCACAAAGGCCAAGGAGUUGCUCGGUUGGGAACCAAAGGUGAAGUUGCGAGAUGGCAUUCCCCUCAUGGAAGAAGACUUCCGUGGCCGGCUUGGUAUCCCAAGAAAGACUUGAGCAGCUGCUGCUGUCAUUGCAAUUUUGUUUAUCUUCUUUUCCUAAAUUUGAUUCUUUUCUCUUCAUUUAUUUGUCUUGCGGGGGAAUAAGUUGGUGUGGUUGCAAAUUUUGCGGUCUCGCUUUAUAAGGGUUGUUUCAAUGAAUAUACUUCAUUAUAUCUUACGAACAAUUAUAUGAUGUACUGCGCAGCGUAUAUGUUAUGUUCAAUAUGAGUUUUUUAGCAUAUUUCUCAUCACAAUUAAGUUGAUUUAUUAAUUUAUUAA